GUGCGUCUCACUGACGCGCGGUAUUAGAAAGUUUAUCCAGUGUUCGCUUACGAAUGGUUUUAUCCACUUAAUAUUAUUAUUACUGCAUAAUAUGGUUGCCGCAGUCUCCCGAAGCGUUAUGCUUAAAAUGGAGGAUAAAAUUAGCUCGCGUAAUCAUGUUGAGUCCAAAUUAUCUGAACCUCAAAAAUCUAGUCACACUAUUCAGUCUUUUGUUGAUAAUAAGAGUAAAUCGGAUAAUAAUUAUCAUGAUCAUACGUUGAAACCUGAAGCCUGUAUUAGGACGGUUACCAAGGUUGGUUUCGUGAAUUUGCCAUAUCAGAUCCAUCGGAAAGCUGUUCGACGAGGUUUUGUAUUUAAUCUUAUGGUUACCGGAUACUCAGGUCUGGGAAAAUCUACUUUUAUCAAUGCCCUCUUUUGCACAGAUUUGUAUAAUAAUGACUAUCCUGGUCCUUCAAAGCGUUCCCAUUCCUUGGGAACUCAUGUAAAUGCAAAGACUUUUGUACUAAGUGAGGCCAAAGUUUCCCUGUUACUAACUCUAAUUGAUACUCCGGGCUUUGGAAAUGAUCUGGAUAAUUCGAUAAGUUGGAAACCUUUGGUCAAGAAUAUCGAUUCCCGUUUUGAAUCUUAUCUACGAUCUGAACUGAAUGUUUCUCGAACAGCUGUUGGAUCUGGUGCAUCAUACCAACCAAGCUUACCGGAUGACAAACGAGUGCACUUAUGUUUAUACUUCGUUUCUCCUAAUGGACAUGGUCUACAUCAACUAGACAUAGAAACUCUAAAGCAGCUGCAUAAUAGAGUCAAUGUUGUUGUUAUAAUUGGUAAAGCUGAUAGUCUUACACCAGAUGAAUGUGUCCAGUUUAAACAGACAAUACUUCACGAGUUGAAUCAUCACAAUAUUAAACUGUAUGAUUUCCCUGAAUCUGUUGUCCAGUCAAGUGUUGUAGAUGAGUCACGUUCAACCAAUGAUGUUCGUCAGGCUCGAGCACGUCAACCAUUUGCAGUAGUUACCAGUAAUCAUCUUGUUUCCCUACCAGACGGCAGAAAGGUAUAUGGCCGAUCCUAUCCAUGGGGUAUUGUUGAAUGUGAAAAUCUUGCACAUAAUGAUUUCAGUGCCUUAAAAAGUUUGUUGAUGAGUAUGUAUAUGCAGGUUAGUUAUAUAAUUUCUUCCUCAUCCUUGAUUCUUUCAUACUAAAUAUUUUUAACUCCAGUUAAAUUUUCACUGACUUCUAUAUCUCACUUAUUAAUAGACAAAUGGAAAUAUUAGCUGAAUAAAAGCUUGUGUUAAAUAGAGUCACGCGAAGAAUUGUUAGAAUGGAAUUUAAUGAGGCUGACGUAACUGUUAAGGAGCAAUGUGAAUUAAUUCUAAGAAUGUUCAGUGCAUACUAAUAUCAGAAUGGAUUUAACAGGAUGUUCUACUCUCUAGGUUUCUUCCUAUAGAAAAAUUUAAACUGCUAACAACAUCUCAUUGCCACGUAAUUGCCUACUUGAUUGUAUAAUUCAAUGAAAAUCAGCGUCAUUAGAGCUGUAAUGUACUAGAAACAGUGGGGUUAUCUACAACAUAUGAUAAAAACCUUUGUCUGAAAAACGGUAAUGUAUUUAUUACAAUACACUUUGAACAACAUGAUCACACAUAAACUUGUUUAGGUGUUUUAUGCAUAAUAUUUUCGUUAAAAAGAUGAAGAACAAAAGUUUUCAUCUUUCAUCCACCAGGUAUUAUCCUAUGUGGUAACUUUCAGAAUUGAUCUGGUUAUGAUGUAGUCUAUUUUCUCAUUAUCAACUUAAGAUUUGUAAGCAGAAUUCUUACUCAUAAGAUGAAUAUGACCUACUGCUUAUAUAAGCACAAGCAGUCACAAUUUUAUCCAACAGGUACACACUAUAUUUUUCAGAGUGGAACCAAAGAUUGUCAGAUGACUUCUGAGAAUUCAUCACCAACUUUCUAUCACAUAGAAUAAAAAUAAAAUAGAAUGUACCCUCAAGGUACAUAUUAUGCUAUUGAGUUGAGUUUAAGAAUUGUGCUCCCUUGAACAUGAUCUGUCACUGAUUAAGCAUGACCUGGUGGUAACAACGCUUCAUUUAUGCUUUACAUUUUAUGGCUGAGUCAGGUGUAAAGCUCAACAUUUUCGCUUUACUUGUCCAUCAGUCUAACUUGUCUCAGCCACAUCAUGAUCACAAAAAUGAAGGAAUUUAUUAUAAAGGAUUUCAGCUUCACGGUAAUGGGUACUUUCAUCACACAACUUUCAGUUACAAGCACAAUAAUCAUUCGAUAGACAGCAAACUUGUAUAAUUUUUAUCGAAGGAAAUAUUCCGGAAAAUGGUUUACCUGAUAAAGCGGUAACGCUAAGACAAUUAAGGUCAUACCUGUUUGACUAUAGGCAGAAACCCAUCAUUAUUUUGUUAGCAUAGUAACUUCCCUUUCGAUAUUACUCAAUCCCAAUGUCAUAGACUUCGUUCUCAUUCCAUGUACAAUUUCUUUCCCAACCAAUUUCUUUUUUUUCAUCCACACAACAUGUAGUUCAUUUGCUUCUCUAAUUCAAUCAAAUCAAAAUUUUCUUUAAAAAUAUAUGUUAUCUUUUGACUGAUAAAUGUUAUGAUGCCCCAGUCUUCGAUAAAACAUUGUUAUUUAUCUGAACAUUUUAACGUGUCAUUCCCACAUUAUUUUUUACGGUAUGACUAAAUAGUCUAUUUCUGCCACCAUUGUAAGGUAGUUUACUGAUUGGUUAACUUUUACUCUUACUAUGCGAAUUUCUCCAAUUGCGGACAAGGUCAUUUUUCAUAUGUAUACUUAUUCACGUGUUUUGGAUUGAUUCGUUGUUAUUAUAUUAUAUUCUCGGAGUAAUACACUCUCCUAUCUGCCAGCUUCGGUCUUCUCUCUAUUCGUCCCGGGGUUGCAGCCAGUGUCUCUUGCGUACCAAGUUAGCUGUCAGCUAAGCGCACGUAUUAUAUUCAUUUCGGAAUACAUACAUAUACCAUUAGCGCUUCGAACCCAUAACAGUGGCGACGGGGAUGGGUACCAAAUAGAUGCUAAGUAGAAGUAUAAGAGUUUCUAUAAACCACAAUGCACAAACUUUUCAAUGAUACAUCUAAGCAGUUUGUAUCACUAAUUUUAACAAUAUUCCGUGGAUUAUCAUUGACCAUUUGAAAAUAUCACGUUAUUGUUUUUGACCAUUAAGGUAUGAUUCUUAAAAACUAUCAGGGUAAGGGAGAUAGAUCAAUGUAGAAACUUAAAACAAGUUACAUCAGUUUAAUUUGCCAGUUUUUUUAACACCAUAUGAAGAGAAAAUAAACAGAGAUAUAAUGAUGCAAAGAGACUACAAGAGAGAGAUAUAGUGAAUGAAUGAAGGCGAAUAAAAUGUUCAUAAUUUCGAAAAUGCCAAAGAGUGAAUAUAUCUACUCUAUGAUGUUCAAUUUUAGACUGUAUCAUCAAUGGCUUCUAGUUAUUGACUCCUUGCAUAGUUGGAAAAGAAAUUAAGGAUGAUAUCUAUCAAUACUAGACAUUAUAAUUUUCAUGAAAAUCAUGAUACAAAGUAAAAUUUUCUGAUCAAAAGAAAUUCAUUAUUAUUACAAAACUCUGUAUUCAAAGCUGCAUUUAUCUAUUAAUCUUAGCUGAAACAAGUUAAUUGUGCCUGAACUUCUCUUAACUUACAAGAGGCAUAUAUAUGACCUGCAUACGGAUAAUACUUUCAAAUGUAAUGUAUACGUCUCAACUAAAUCUUUCUUGUUGGUAAUUAAAAUUUAUUGAAUCGAAAGUAUAUAACUUUUUAACCAUUUGAUAUCUAUGUACUUAUUUCUGAAAUCAUCAAAUUUAUGUACAGUAGAAAGAUUUAGAUGACUAUCAAAAACAUACUAUGGUCAUGAAUUUGUAACUAUUUGCCUAUUCUAUAUCAUUUUAUUCUGGAUACUUUUCUUUAUAAUCUUUGUGAUUAGAUGUUUCUAUGGAAUUAUAUUCUCUGAACUGAAUAUCAUAUUAUUCUCAUGACUUGAAGAAAGAAUUUCUCCAUCAUUCUAAUACAUGAAGUGUAUUGUAAAAAUCUAAAUGCUCACCAUUGAACAGUUAUUUUAAGGAAUAUGAUGUAGUAUUAUUGGUAACAUUUGUCAAUUUUUUUAAAUUUAUUUUAUCAUAUAUAUGCUUUUUAUUUCUGAAAUAAAUUUCACAGGAUUUAAUUGAUGUUACACAU